AUGACGCUCACACACGCAGACAUCCCACUACAAGUCUCAAACACAAACCUCAUCAUCUCCACUAUCCACAAAUUCACCUCAAACCCACCAAUUCUAUUCCUCCACGGCUUCGGCUCCUGCAAAGAAGAUCUCUCAGACAUCCAGAUUGUGCCUGCCCUUCAAACCCAUGGCUUCCUCGCCUACGACGCCCCUGGAUGCGGCCAUACACAAUCCUCCGAUCAUUCUAAGAUCGACAUUGCUUUCCUCGUCGCAACCGCAGAAGCAGUCCUCUCGCACUUCGACAUCGACAAGUUCCACCUGAUAGGCCACUCUAUGGGUGGUCUCACGGGGCUUCUUCUCGCACGCAGAUAUCCCAGGAGGGCGCUUAGCUUCGUUAAUAUCAAGGGGAACCUCGCGCCUGAAGACUGCUUUCUCUCGCGGCAGAUCUUUGACUUCCCUUCUCAGGACCCUGGAGAGUUUCUCGAUAUGUUUACUAAGCGGUGUUACGCCUCGCCUUCACGGGGUAAUGCGUUGUACGCUAGUACACUGAAGACACGCGUGCGCGCUGAAGCUGUGCGUCCUAUCUUCGAGACUAUGGUGAAGUUAUCGGAUGAGGAGGCUCUACUAGGGUGGUUUUUAGACCUGCGGUGUAGGAAGAUGUUUAUGUUUGGGGGGGAGAAUAGUGGGUUGAGUUAUUUGGAGAGGCUGGAGGAGGGAGGUGUGGAAUUGGCGGAGAUUGAGGAGAGUGGGCAUUUUCCUAUGUAUUCGAAUCCGGUGGAGAUGUGGAAGAGGAUUGGAGGGUUCUUAGGAGAGCGCGGAGAGUGGGUUUAG